AUGGGAGCAGGUAACGCCGCCCAAAAGACCGAAACAGGACCCUCGAAGGCAACCGUUCUCAUCUUUAUAUGGGCUUCUGCAACGCUGUUCUGGAGCAUCUUCACGGAGCCUCACAGGACCUUUGCUGCUCGGGUGCUUCUGUUCCAACCGCUAUGGAUCGUUCGCAUCUUCACAGGUGACCUAACCUGGGACCAGGAUCUUGGCCUGUUCCUCGCGUUGCAUUACGUCUACUCGUUCUGGUCUGGUGCCUGGAGUCUGCCUACUAUCGAGGAUGUGAAGCGAUACGAUAUGCGGGACGAUGUGGUGCAAGUAUACCUUCAGAUAUUUGCUCUACUGGGCGUUUGCGGUUUCUUUGCAGGUGGCAUCGUCCGUCGAGGCCACCAACUCAAGCACCAUGAGCCAAGCGGGCCCUUUCGCGAGCAGAGCAUUGAGGACGCAAUCUUACCACCUCUCCUCAUCACCAGUCGCACUACACACUCUCGUCUGUUUCCCCAGAAGCACUCAUUCUCGUACUCCUACCUUUUUGCGGGCGUUCCUGUCGGGCUUCAAGGCAAAGUGAGCAAUGUACUCUCCGUCGACAGCCGGACGCCCGCGUGGUUCGAUGUGCGAUCUAAGGACUAUCUCGAUCGCGGUAACGAUUCUGCUGGACUCGGCGAGAAGCUCAAGCGUUAUCUCCACGCUCAAGGUGUGACUGAUCGAGACUACGCUUUUGCCUACUUCGUUACAGCGCCUCGGUUCCUGAGCUACAGCUUCAAUCCGGUAUCUUUUUGGUAUCUUUACGACUCCGACACGCACCUCAAGUACAUGAUUCUGGAAGUCAACAACACCUUUGACGAACGACGGAUGUACCUGCUCAAGAUAGAAAGCUCGAAAGACGCCAGCAGUGACAUAACCGACGAUCGAUCUGGGGAAUCUUCGAACAUGCUGGUGUUUACCGACACAUGGGAUAAAGACUUCCACGUCUCGCCAUUCAACAGCCGCAAAGGAUCAUACUCUCUGCGAGCUGUAGAUCCCUUAACCGCAUUUCAGGAGACUGGCAACGUCAAAAUCGACAACACGAUCGUGCUUCGCUCUUCAAAAGAACAUCCGAAGGUCGUUGCCAGAGUGUAUUCUGAGGGCACUCCUAAAGAUCCGACAACAGUGACCGCCUUUCAGUUGACCAAGUUCAUUCUGGCUUGGUGGUGGGUUGGUCUUGCUACAUUCCCGCGAAUCGUGUGGGAGGCCCGGAAGCUAUUCUUUCGGCGCAAACUCCACGUCUGGUUCAGACCCGAAGUCACGAACACGAGCAUCGGUCGCCCGUACAGCGAUGAUGAAAAGUCGUUGGAAGAGUUCCUUCGCUCAUUCCUCACGGAUGCCGUCGAGAGCGCCAGGGAACCUUUGAGAGUGAUCUAUGAGCCUCCGCAUCAUGACAGUGGAGAGAUCGUCCUGUAUUCGCCCGGAUUCACUUAUGAGGAGGCUCAUUCACGGACACUGACGAUCAAAGUCCUCUCGCCUGCCUUCUACAGCCGCUUCAUCCACUACGCCCAUGCUAAAGAAGCUUUCGAUCGAGAAUGCUUGACAACCGACGAGAAGAAUCGAACGGUAGCUUUGGAUGGUUCGCAUGCCCUACCUGCCCUACUCAAUGCUUUGAAGCAGAAUAUCAGCAACGUCAAGCAAAGAUCCAGCAAAUCGGGGUACCUCAGUGAAGUACGAUGGAACGUCCUGCGGCGACUUAGAUGUCCUCCAGCAGCUGCCAGCUAUCCGAGCGACGAGAGCCGGCUCGACCACGAAUAUAUAGUCCAAGACAUUCGGGCGUUCCACCUCUCAGAGCUGGACAAAUACGUACGGCAAACACACACGAACAGUGACGAGUACCGCCGAAUCGCUAUCAAGCUCUUCAUGGCCGAGCGUCUGGCGUUUGGUCUUCCUGCACUGGUGGCGAUGUGCGACUGGAUCAUCCGAUCAGUCUUGAUCCUCUUCCCCAUGGCCUUCUCGGAGAGAGCAAAGGCUUUCGAUGUGCUGCGGCUCAGGACAUUCGUGAAAGCCGAUCUGGCGAAGACGGCGAUUUUGUUACUAUUAGCGAAUGCAGUGCAUUUGUGGAGUUUUAUAAAAGGGUGA